AUGUCGCUGGCUCGACUCGCUGUAUCUGAUAUAUUUGUGCCUGUAGAGAUAGAUGAAAAUAAUAUUUAUUCUGGAAUUCGUAAAGUUCUUGAGACUAUUAAACCGAUUUGGUCUCAAGAAAAAAUAAACUUUAAGCUUUUCACUGAUGGUAUUACAAAUAAACUAGUAGCUUGCUACUUGAGCGAUGAAAUCACAGAGGGAGUCGAUAUAGUGCUUGUUCGUAUAUAUGGAAAUAAAACGGAUCUGCUUAUUGAUAGAACUGCAGAAAUAAGAAAUAUAACAACACUUAAUGGCCAUGGGUUAGCUCCAAAAAUUUUUGGGGUCUUUAAAAAUGGUUUGGUUUAUGAAUAUUAUCCUGGAGUUACACUCAAUGUUGACAUAGUUAGAGAUUUAAAAGUUGUUGCUAUGGUUGCCCAACAUAUGGCUAAAAUGCAUAAAGUAGAACUUGGUAAAGAAAUUACAAAAGAACCAAUGCUAUGGGAUAAAAUUGAACAAUUUUUGUGUUUAAUACCUGAAUCUUUUGCAAAUGAAGAAAAGCAGAUCAGAUUUGCCAGUAGUUUCGGAUCUGUAACAAGACUAAGGAUAGAGUUUGAACGCCUUAAGUCGAAAUUAACGAAAUCCGAGAGCCCCAUCGUGUUUGCUCACAAUGAUUUGCUUCUAGGAAACGUCAUCUACAAUGAGUCUAAAGGGAUGGUGUCUUUCAUUGACUUUGAAUAUGCUGCUUAUAAUUACCAGGCUUAUGAUAUAGCAAAUCAUUUCAACGAAUACGUGGGCUUGUCUGUGUAUGAUAUAGAUUACAAUAGAUACCCGGACAAAGAGUUCCAAAUGUACUGGAUUCGUUUAUACCUGUCCGAGUACCUUUGUCAAGAGAGCCCUGGUGACGCAGAAGUCGAGAAGGUGUACGUAGAGGUACAGCAGCUCUCGCUGGCCUCGCACUUCCUCUGGGGCAUUUGGUCACUAGUGCAAUACGAACUGUCCGAUAUCGACUUCGACUUUGCUACAUAUGCAGAAAUUCGAUUAAAUAGAUACUUUGAUCAGAAGGACAAAAUUUUCAAAGAAUGCAUU